AAAAUUUCAUACCUACUUAUAAUCUGAAUGAAUGAAAAAUGAUCAGCUAUAAGAAGAAUUUUAAGAAAGCAUUUGAUUCUGCUUUAUAUGAACGAGUUUUGGACCCAGCGGAGUGUCAAAAACAAUUGAUGACAUUGUCGAAUAGUACUUGGGCUAUACCGUUUUUGGAUGCUUCUGCUAAACUUCCGAGCGGUAUAUUAACCUUGAACCUUCACGAAUACGGCGAUUACUUCGAGUGCCUUGCAAUAGACCACACCAUUGACGAUGUUCACCUUCAAGGGAAGUACUGUAUGGUUGGCGUACCUUUCGUCCAAAAUAACCUUAUGGAAACCAUGCCUUCUAAGUCAAUGAUUACCAAAUUUCCAAUGCCCGGUACGAAGAUGAUUAACAAUUUGGUUCUUCAGUUCGCCAAUAUAGCUCAAGACGCUAAAGUGAAUAACACUUUAGCCAGGUAUCCAAACGCGAGGCUCAACCUUGGUGUCUGUUUGCCCCGACCGUGCACCGCUCAGGAUGUGUUCAACUUUAUAAACACAACAUUACCUUUACCAGAUCUGUCGUUUAAAGAGGGGUACUGUCGCCUGCCUAAUGACAAGCCGUAUGUGACCGCGGAUUAUGUUGCUGCGGGCGUCUUUGGAACUCUAUUCCUUCUAACUAUAUUGAGUACAUGCUACGAUUUGUAUCAAGUGUUUGUUCGUAAAAGAAUGAAAACAAACAGCUUGCUCAGUAGUUUCUCAAUAUACAGUAACACUAGGAGUCUUCUGAACUUCCGUAGUGAUAGUACCACAUUACAAUGCGUGGAUGGUAUCCGAGCUCUAUCCAUGUUAUGGGUGAUAUGUGGACAUACAUACAUCGUUGGGUUCUUCCCGACUAUACAUAAUGGAAUAGAUACUAUACGGUGGUCAACUAAACCGAUAAGCUCUUGGAUACACGCAGCCCCGAUGAUGGUGGACACAUACUUUCUUCUUUCUGGAAUCUUCUGUAUAUAUGGAAAGCCAGUUGAUUAUACAACUAAAAAGUUCAUCAGAAGUCUUCCCAAGUUCUACGCGUACCGCUACCUACGAUUAUUUCCCCUGCUCGCCACGAUUGUCCUGCUCCAAGCGUCUGUCCUGAACUGGGUAGCUGAUGGUCCAAACUUUUUAGGGAUGGCCCACGCAACCCAGCAAUGUAGAGAGAAUUGGUGGGCCACGCUCUUGCAUGUGCAGAACCAUUUGACUAUGACGAGAAACUGUCUCAUCCAUUCCUGGUACGUUGCAGUGGACACACAGCUUCACUUUCUGAGUCCAUUUGUAAUAGUAUUUCUAUUUGGCUCCGGCUGGAUAUCCUGGGCUGUAAUGACGUCAGCUUUACUUGGUUCUGUUAUAGCAUCCGUCGUGUAUAGUUUUACUUAUAAAUUCCCAGCAGCGAUGUUAAACGUUUGGUACUCCCAAACUCAUCAUGAUUACUAUGGAAAAUAUUAUGCGCAUACCCCAGUGCGAGCGGCGCCUUUUAUUAUUGGCAUUAUGAUUGGACAAAUUCUGAGAUUAUAUAGAGGGAGGAAUAUACGAAUUAAUAAGGUCUACGUCAUCACCGGUUGGAUAAUGUCCUUAGGAUCCAUUCUGUUUUGCAUCAUUGCGAUAUUCAAGACCGUGAAGAUGACGUAUGAGUUCAACUACUUCGAUAUUACGUUGAAUGCUUUCAUGAGACCUCUGUGGGGUCUGGCUGUGGCCUGGCUUGUUUUUGCGUGCGUCCAUGGAUAUGGAGGGCCUUUAAACUGGUUUUUAUCUUUACCAAUGUGGAAGUUUCCAUCAAGAGUAUCAUACGCAGCCUACUUGGUGCAUUUGGAGGUGAUGAUAUUAAAGGUAACGAGCGCACAGAAAACAAGAUAUUUCACCGAUUUGGAGACGAUGUUCCGGUGUUCAUCAGACGUGGCUAUUUCUAUAUCACUGGCCUUCAUUUUGUGUGUACUUGUGGAUGCUCCAGCCAAUAGAUUGAUGAGAAUCGCUUUUGCUGACAAGAGACCACAGGAUUCAUCAGAGGAUUCUACUAUAGAUUGUAAUGAACGUAAAACAAAAUUAUAACGAACAAUGUAAUUUUUCUGUGAGAGUCGAGAAGUAUUAUGAAAUGAGCUAAAUUCAUAUCGCUUGAGUAUCGUUACUUGUAUGAAAAGUGUCGUUUAUAGCAUGUAGUUUCGUGGUAUGAGGCAUUUACUUAUUUUUAACAGCAUUUUGAUUGCUUCGUCUUUAUGUUUGUUACUUGUAUGUUUGUAUGUUAGUGUAGUAUUUCUUUAGACUCGAUUUUAGCCCACUUUAAACGCACGGAUUUAAUUCAUGCUUAACAAAGCUACAUAGUAUAUAAGUAGUAGAUAAGUGUGUUCACUUACCAAGGAUCAGUGAAUAUACUAUGAUUUCGUUAGUUCAAAUUUCUUAUUAAAGCGUGUUUUUUUUAGUAUAUUUAUUUAUUAAGUAAAUGCUGUACAGGUAAAUAAGGUAGUUAUUGCUAUCACCUACUACGCUAAUUCUGUUAGAAUGAAGAAAUUUGUAUUAAGUUCUAACAUCAGCUGGUUUUACUUUUUAAUCAACUCUCAAGAACGGCUCAUACUUAAUUGUAAUGAAUAUUUAUUAUUGUAAAGUACGUCUAAAAUAACAGGUAAUUUCUAAAUUUUUGUUUCAUUUAGCGCCGAUUUUUCAAUCCUUGGU